AAUUUAUGUUCAAACCACCACUACCAAACCAAAGGAUGUCAAGUAAAGCUUUAGACUAGCCAUUGAUUCAGAUUCGAAGCAUAGGAUCGAGCCAAGGCAAUCGUCCGAAUAGAACCUCCAGUAGUUCUAAUAAUAGACCAGGAUCAAGUUAGAGAUCUCAAAGUUGUUCUAAAAUAGAUCUGCACUCUAAAUAUGGUGUGCCAUUGGUGACAGCCCAAAACUUUAUUGUAAUGAAUGGCAUUGAUGGAUAACAUUUGACAGUACUGCAAUUAAAUAAUAUAAGAGAGCUUUAAUUCAAAAAAGAGAGUUUAAGUUGCCUCACUUACAAAGUUGAUGACAUGCUAUGUAGCAAUGUAAUUAAUUAGGGAUCUCAAGAUCAAUCUUUAUUAGAUUAUGUAUGUUAGUUAUGAUGUAUAUAUUUUAACAUUUAAGGCUGUUUAAAUCUCAGGAACUUCAGCAUUUUUGCGUCCCUAUGAUAGAGUCACCCUAUAUGAUUUACUUCAUGGCUUAAUGUUACCCUCUGGGAAUGAUGCUGCAAAUGUAAUCGCAGAAAACCUCUCGUAAUGUGUUAAGGAUCCUGUUUCCAACAUUGCCUUACAAUACAGGAUUCAACCAUUUAUUUCACUUAUGAAUUAAUACGCACUUCAACUCGAAAUGAAUGAUACUUAAUUCUACAAUCCUCAUGGUAAAUUCAUUCAAUAUGCCCAAGGAUUAUCAAAUGAUCAAUCGUAUUCUUGUGCUGAAGAUUUGGCAAUUCUAUGCAAAUAAAUUAUCAAUGACCCAAUGUUAAUGGAAAUAAUGAAUAAAAAAGAACAUUAGGCCACUCUUUAGAGAAAUGUAAAGUGAAUUUAUAUUCCCAUUAGAAUAAACUUAUAAAUUUGACUUGGAAGAAUACUAACAGAAUGUUGGAGUACGAAGGGUAUUGUGGAUUUAAGACAGGAUUUACCAAUAAGGCUGGGCCAUGUCUUGCUACUUUAUUUAAAAAAGAUUAAGUUUGCCUUAUUAUAAUUAUUUUGAAUUGUCUAUCUAAAGAAGUUCGGUAAUGACGUGAUAUUUAUUAUAAAUAGGUGGGAUGAUACGAUAAAACUGUCAAAUUGGGCUCAAAGAAAACUAGAUGUAGAUUGA